CCUUUUCCCGGCUCGGAAUCGUCGAACGCGUCCCUUUAUCGCCGAUUUUCCAAAGUAAUCCGGGGAAAGGAGGCACGCUUCUUUGCCCAGCGAAGUCCCGGAAGGCGCGUGGCGGGCUCGUGCCGUCUUAUGGCGGAGCAUCGGAGGGGAGCCGACGGCACGCGCCGAUUUCCCUCCCCCGAUCGAAGACCAGCUGCCGGCUCUCCCCUGGAAACCGGACCGACCCGCGAGGAGCCAUUUUUUACCUCCCCUUUUUGUUCGAGAUACGGAAUGCCAGCGGCAGAAAUCUGGGUUUUAAAUCGGAGGAGCGGACGACGUCGGACAGCUGUCGUCGGACAGAUGCGGAUCGACGGCCCGACCGGCGUCGGCGGAGGAGAGCGGGCCCGAGAGGCCGAGGGGCCUCUGGCUUCUCCGCGCCGGAUGCCGCCGGGAGGGGGAACCAUCUGGCGGCGCGUGGCGCGCGCCCCACCUGCCGGCUUCUAGACGGCCGUCCGACCUGGAAGACGCGGCCACCGUCACGUGACGCGAUCCUCCGCCGCCCCUGGGUGGCCGCGGCUGCCGGCGGACGCUUCGCCAUUGGUUCGGCGACCCGGUAUAGUUCCGGCUUCGACUUUACUCUCGGUCUCAGUCGGCGGGAGAGCGGCGGCGCGGUCGGAUCGUGCGCGCCUCUCCUGGGGAUUACCGAUAUGACGCGGCGCCAUCUCGUGCGAGAUGCCGGUGCCGCCGUGCCCGGGACGGAUGGUCCGCUCGCGGGCCGAACGCACAAUGGUCAGAGCUGGCUUCUUCGGUGGCCACUUCGCACUCCGGUCGUCAUGCCCAGAACCACGUGUCCGCCUUUAUUACUACUGGUCCUCUUGGCUUCUGCACUGUUCAGGAUAGCAGGAGCAUGUUCGUCGCGUUCCACACCCAAACCUCGUCCACCGACGGCUACAAUGAGGCCCAAUAUAACAUUCCAGACGUAUACUUGUCCUGAAGAUUAUGCCAAGUGGUAUUGCCUUAAUGGUGCCACAUGCUUUUUUGUAAGAAUUGGAGAAUCUAUUCUAUAUAACUGCGAAUGUGCAGAUGGCUUUGUUGGCCAGCGUUGUGAAUUUAAGGAUUUAGCUGGAUCUUAUCUUCCAGUAAGAAAGAGUAUUAUGAUAGAAAGGGCAAGCAUUGCAGGUGGAGUCUCUCUUGCUGUUGUUAUUAUUGUUGUCAUUUCAAUAGUAAUUUAUGUAUAUGUCAGAAGAAGAGAAAAAGAAAAAUCAAUUAUAGAAGAACUUGAACGCAAACCUUUUGGUUCACAAUCAUUACAUUCUUCAUCAGACAGACAGACUACUCCAACAAAUGUAUGUCCCAAAUCUUGGAAAACUUCCUGGAAUUAUUAUUUACAUUCAUCUACUUAAAAAUUAUUACAUGUAGUUAAGGAUUUAGAAUCGGGAUCUCAGCCAGGAACGUCAACAGAAACUCCUCUGCGAUCUCUACCCAUAUUAACUAUGAUCAGUCAAGGAAGGAAUCAAUAGAGGCUUUUUGUCUUUGUAAUUUAGUGAUGGAAACUUGUAUGCAUGUCGAGUUCAUGCAGAUUAAUAAAGGAGGUUAGAGAGUUACAACUGAGGAAACCUGUACAUAAAAUAGACAGUUGUGAGAGAAUUUUUUGAUGUGAGAAAUAAAAGGCCACAAUGGUAACAUGGACUGUAUACCAGCCAAAAAUCCAUUACAUUGUGCCUGUAACUUCCAUUGUUUCCAUUAUUGUGGUAGGAAAUAACUGUUGCACAGAAUCCUGCCCAUAUAAAAGGGAGAUGUCUUUCUUCCACAUGUCCAAAUAUCAGAGUAAUGAAGCUGCCAGGCUGUCGACAUCCAGUUUUUUCUUGGACCGAUUAUUCUCAGGUCAUGCUGUUUCUGCUUCUAUUAUAUGUACAUCCUGUUAGCAUUUUUUUUUCUAUUUUAUUGUGCUAACAACAUAUAUGUCAUAAGUUUACAUGUUUUAAUUAAUUGUGUUCAUAUAAAUUUAGUCAAGAUUUUUCAUUAACAAAAGUAAUGAGAGAAGAGAACGAUUUCCAGUCUAUAAUAUAUGUUGAAUAACAGUCAGUGAAGAAUCUUGUCUAAUGAAAAAACAACUAACAAUCAAUUAAUGAUUCAGUAUAUAAUUGCUAUCCUUUUUUUUUCUUUUGGUCAGUUGUUUAAAUUCUUUCAUCAAAUAAUAUCCUUUAUUAUGCUUUUUAUUGUGAACAUGAUGUAAUUGCAAUUUGAAAUGUUUAAUGUUAUCCAAGAAUAACCUAUUUUUUAUUUAGGUUGAAAUUCUUGUUAUCCCCAGAAUAAUUUAUUGUGUUUUUUUAAUAGUCGAGAUUUGAAACUUUUUGAGAACUUGUGUAACAUUCCGUGUAAUUGAAACCUCAUUGUUGACGGGCACACAUAUUUUUAAACAGACAUAUUCAGUGCUCUCAACAGGAAUUUUUUUCUAGUCUCAAGCUAUGCAAAACCAAUCUUGGACAUUUCUGCCACAACUAUGACCACAGAUAAAUUCUUAAUAAUUUGACAAUAAAUAUUCUUAUAAUUUACUUGUUUCCAUCUCAAGUAAAAAAAAAUUGUCAACCACUGCCAAGUAUACAGUACAUUUGACUGUACAUUUAUUCAGAAGCUGGAAGCUGUUACUUUGGGUUGGCCUGUGGUAGUACAUCCUUUUGUGUGAAUGUAGAUAUGUACAUAGGAGCUCGAAUAUAUUGUGGUCACUUCAGUUCGUGCUAAAUGGCUCGGUGGGUCAAGUGAGAAAUGCGGAAUGCAGAUCAAGAGAUUAUUUAUAAAAUCGAGUAUCCCCGUCUCACUUCACCCAACAAGUCAGCUUUCCCAGCAGCAGAGGAACAUGUACAUACACAGGCAUUUGCAUUUGGUGUAGAAAUUUUAAAUUAAUUGAUAUUAAUGUGAAAUUAUUUUGCUGAAAUUAUGGGAAGAGUUGUUUGUCAGUUCCUAUUUAAUAAUAUAGUUUAUCAAUUUUUUUCUGUAAAAAAGAAAGGAAAAAACAUAUGAAUAUAUAUAUAUAUAUAUAUUAUAACUUGUGGAAAAAUGUUUAAAAAUUUCUUAAUUAAGACAGCUAUAAGUUUGUCCGUAUAUUAUAUAUAUUUAUGCAGUAUAAGUAACACAUGCCAUGUAUGUGUGUAUUAUAUUGUAUAGUUUUUAAGUAUCAUCAUAUCUAAAUUAUUUUAUAUCAGACAUAUCAAUCUAUCUUCUUCCAAGAAUUGCAAAUAUGACAGUGACAUUAUUACAAAAUAUAAAGCUAGUCUGACUUUUCAAAAUGUCAACGAAUUCUAAGCUUUGUUCAUAAUUGAUAAUCAUGAAAGAAAAAAAAAAUGUUAAAAAAAAAUAUCUUUUUUAAUGUGUCUUAGCAUUUAAAAAAUGUUAAUUGUUAAAAUGGAAAAUUUUUUGCAAUAUUUGUCUUCCCUGAUAGCAUUUAAUGGCACAGCAAAUUUGCUUCAAGUUUAAUAUAUAUAUAAAAUAAUAUAUAUACAGUAUAUUAUAUACCUCCUGUAAUGAAUUGAUCAAAAUGUAUGAAUGAGUUUGCUGUAUUUUCUUAAUUUAUAACAUUUGAAAAUUUAGAAUAGUCAGUUUAUAUGAGUCUUCUAAUUAGAAACUGCCAUGCAUGAGAAAAUAAAUAGUUUAUAACAAUGUG